CGCGCGUCAGCCUUCAAGUGCCAGUGGUUUCCGAGGUGUGGUUAGCGCCUCUCUCGUCUCUCUGUUAUUACUAUGCGCGGUGAAGUCUGUGUGGGAUCAGCUAGUAUCCUGUCCAUCGCAUCCCUGCUACUUUUAAUAUUCGUCCAUAUUGGUCAAACGAGCACUCACGGAGCACCUGGGUCUAUAUCAUUGGUCAAGAUCAAUGUAUCUGAUUAUGGCGCCUCCUUGAACGCAGCCCUGUUUGACCCUAUCGACGGUUUAUAUACGAAUAACGCCUCCGCCCCGCUCAGUGCGGGACACGGUCUACGACAAUCUUACGCAUUCGGUCUCUACUCAUUCUGCGGUUACAUCAAUGCAUCGCAUGGAACGUGCUCGAACCACUCCAUCCAGACAGAGUUCACGCCUCUUGACGCACUGACGGGGGACAUGUUACCCAACUACACCGAUGUGACCAGAUUCAUCUUCGACGGGACGCCAUUUGCAGAUUCGGGCUCAUUUGCUCACUCCUCGCGUGCCGCAUACUGGAUGAUCUUCUUGGGCACCAUCUGUGCUGCGUUGUCAAUUCUAACCGGUGUCGCCAAAGCUUAUCUGACUUUCUUCCUAUCUACCAUAUUUUCCUUCCUUGGCAGCAUAUUUCUGCUGGUUGGUGCGGCAAUCUGGACUGCGAUGAUACACAAGGCGCAAUACGCCAACUCCAUCCGCAUCGGAACAGCCGCAAAUCCUGUCAAUGUUCAUGUCCAGGUAUCCGUCGGAAUAGGAAUCGAUCUACUUUGGGCUGCUUUUGCGGCUCUGUUCAUGUCCGUGGUUCCAUAUAUGAUCAGUUGCUGUCUGGACAAUCUGCCGAACGAAGUCGCACAUUUGUUGCAGGAAAUUCGCGAGAAAGAUUCCAAAGUCCAGGAAUUACAGCAAGAAAUCGAUCGCGAAACCUCUCGUUACAUCCGACAUGCCCUGAAGCCCUCUCCAACACCCGUAUCCUCUUCUCCCUCCCCGGCAUCUGGCUCAAACCCCACGGCUUCGAGGGACCCCUCACCCAAGUCAGCGCACGUUCCGGGGAAAGUCUCCACUCUCUAUGCCACCAUACACACAUUGUCAAGUGAGAAGAUCGCGCUCGCUCAGCGGAUCAUUGAUCUGGUCACACGUACGCGCGCCCGUUUGGACGCCGACCUAACCAAAGUCCGUGUUCUGCAUGGGGAACUUCCUGAUCCUCGCUCGGGCACUCCUGCAUCAGAUGUUGAAUUGGUUUACUCUGGAGCAGCACGGACACCCAAUAUGGCUGUCGGUGUUGGGUCGAACGCGAAUGCUGCCGCACAGAUUAGCGAGAGUUUGCGGAGCGCGAUGGUUGGAAGCUCUUCGAUGUCCGAUCUUCGGCAGCAGGCCCUAGUGACACCGUCGACGCCAGUCUCUGCGGGCCCUGCAGUCAAAAAGCGACGCGUAAAUGCGGCUACUCCUGCCAUCAAACUCGUUCCAGUGUCGACCCCAACUCCACCGCGACGCUCUGCUUCACCUCUCACCUCUGCUGUUUCGUCUAGUGCUGCAGCAAACUCACAAAAGCGCUCGCGUCUGUCACGACAAAUACCGCUUGACGACCCGAUUGACGUGGAAGAGGACGGGGAAGGGGAAGAUGAAGGCUUAUACUGCUUCUGCCAGAAGCAGAGUUAUGGCGAUAUGAUUGCUUGCGACAACGAUGACUGUCCCACCGAAUGGUUCCAUCUGUCCUGCGUUGGGCUGACUUUGCCUACCCCAGAGAAAUGGUAUUGCCGAGAGUGUGUUGAUAAAGGCUUUGGUGUCAGUUCCACGCAGCCGGGGAGGAAGGGCAGAAAGCGAUAG